UACGUCAAAUCUCUCGUCUUCGGCGGACUGGACGGCACCAUCACGACCUUUGCCGUCGUCGCCGCGAGCAAGGGUGGCGGGCUGAGCACGGAAGUCGUGCUUUUGAUGGGAUUCGCCAACCUCGUGGCCGACGGUAUAUCCAUGGGGUUCGGAGAUUACCUUUCGAGCAAGGCGGAGCUCGACUACGCGAAGACGGAAAAGAAGCGGGAGAAAUGGGAAUUAGAAAACUAUCCAGAGGGAGAGAAACGAGAAAUGAUUGAGCUUUUCAUGGCGCGCGGCGUGAGCGAAGAGGACGCGACGAUGGUGAUCGAGCGCUUGGCAAAGUAUAAAAACUUCUUCUUGGACUUGAUGAUGGUCGAGGAGCUCGGGUUAAUGCCGCCGGAUGAAACGGAUUCACCGGCGAAGAAUGGGCUGGUGACGUUUUGCGCGUUCGCGCUGUUUGGUUUCGUUCCGCUCGUGCCGUACGUUUUCGGGCGAGCGAUCGGAGGGGCGAACGGGGACGCGCUCUUCGGGUUGGCGUGCGGACUCACCGCGAUGACGAUGGCCGCUUUGGGCGCGGCCAAAGCGAAGUUCACGAAUCAAAACGUCACGAGUAGCGCGCUGUAUAUGCUCUUGAACGGUACGCUCGCCGCGGCGUCCGCGUAU